GAAGAAACACUGACUUUAACCUCUCCUACAAAAUGUGCAUCAUUUAGCUCUAGUGCCACUUCUUUCUCUGGGAAACGAAGAAUAUCCAAAAUGAAGUCGAGACAGUUUUUCUCAAAUCCCCGCUAUAUUGGAGACUAUUCACAUGGUCAUUUGAAAAACCCUAUGCUGCGAAAGAAAUACUUUAGGUUGUCUCCAAGAAUCCUGUCCAAUUUCAAGGUCAAAAAUAAAAUAUUGUGUGUGCCCAUCCUGAAGUCAAACAGCACCGAGUCAAAACUACAGCUGAGAAAAACCUUGGGGUAUCUUACCAAUGCCUCUCAAUUUCUAGUUGAUAUCAGUACCCAGGCUGAAAAGACAUUUAAAUGGACAGAAAGAGUUUUUAAUAUAUUUGAUAAAAAUUAUUCGAACUUGUUAUUCCGUCUGGUUCUCACUACAUUGAACAGUGUAGAUCCAAAACUGUUCAAUGUUUUCAAUCAGCAUCUGUUUGAUGAUGAACCAGAGAGAAUCCAUGGUCCGGCUAUAACGAAAAUGAUUCUAAAUGAUUCUGGAAACUUAUUUCAGUUUGAGGAUUCACCAAGAAUUGAGAAAUCGUCAGAGUGCAGUAUUAGAUUUGAAUCGAUUGAGAAGUAGAUUUACAAAAACUAU